AUGUGCGGAGGGCUGUUAGUGAAGAAAGACUUUGUCCUGACAGCUGCUCACUGCAGCUGUAUUGCGGGCAACAUCACAGUCGGAGCCCACAAUGUCCACGAGCCGGAGGAAACCCAGCAGCGCCUGCGUGUGCAACACAUCAUCCCCCACCCAGAAUUCACCAGAGACCCCCUCACCAAUGACCUCCUGCUUCUGCAGGGGGAUUCUGGGGGUCUCCUGGUGUGUAACAGGCUACCCCAGGGCAUUGUCUCCUAUGGACAAGUGAACGUUUCUCCACCUGCAAUACACUCACGGAUUGCUAAAUUCAUCCCAUGGAUUAGGCGACAGAUGCGCUUCUUCCAGCAGUAAUUAAGACACACACCAAGAGAGAAGUACAUUGCCCAUGGACCUCAUGUCCCUGUUUGAAACAGAGUUCUCCAAAUAGUCUUUCUUAGGGUUUUAGACUGCUGCCCAUCACCGUAGUAUCUAGGCGCUAUAUUAUUAAUGUUAAACUGGAAAGUGACAGUGGCUGCCUUCGAGCAGGUCUCUGAUAUAUUGUUAGGCUUGGAAGGAUUCGAUUUUUAUUGGCAAAUGUCGGUAAACAUCAAUUUAGCUGCUCACACACAAACCGAUGGAAAAAUAUGUCCAUUGAAAAUCAUCGACAUUUACAGCUAGGCAAAGUAAGGAAAAUGCUGCU